CGUUUUGACUCUAGCUAGCUUCACGCAGGUUUCCGCGUGUUGAUACUGAAGAGAAGAGGUUCGAGGAGAAACAACUUUUUCCGCAUCUCAGAGACCCAAAUUCAGGCCAAAAACCAGAGGAAAAUGGACAUGAAGAAGAGGGUCUCAUUAGAAUUAAGGCACCGGUCGCCGACAGAAGUCCAGGAGCUGGUUCUGGACAACUGUCGCUCCGGCGAAGGAAAGAUCGAAGGAAUCACAGAAGAGUUCUCCAACCUGGAGCUGCUGAGCCUCAUCAACGUCGGCCUGACCAGCGUAGCAGACAUCCCCAAACUGGACAAACUCAAAAAGUUGGAGUUGAGUGAUAACAGGAUAUCAGGCGGUCUGGAGGUCCUGGCAGAGCGGCUGGUGAACCUAACGCAUCUUAACCUCAGCGGGAAUAAGUUCAAAGACAUCAGCACCCUGGAGCCUCUGAAAAAGCUUCCCCAGCUGAAGAGCCUCGACCUGUUCAACUGCGAGGUGACCAACCUGGCCGACUACAGGGAGUCCAUCUUUAAGCUCCUCCCCCAGCUCACCUACCUGGACGGCUACGACAUCGACGACCGCGAGGCGUCCGACUCCGACGGAGAGGGAGACGGCGUGGAGGAUGAGGACGAAGAGGGUCUGGAGGGGGAGUCAGAGGACUUUGACGAAGAGGAAGAAGAGGAUGAGGAGGACGUAGUGGCCGAAGAGGAGGACGAUGAUGAUGAUAGUAAUGAAGAUGAGGACGGAGAGGUGAACGGAGACGUGGACAGCGAGGACGACGACGAGGAAGAUGAUGACGAUGACGACGAGGACUCGUCUCCGGCCAAAGGAGAGAAGAGGAAGAGGGACCCUGAAGAUGAGGAUGAUGAUGAUGAAGAUGAUUAUUAAGGACCCACAAAACCUGCUUAACCUCCUCUGACCCUCUAUCUCUCCCCCCCAACGCUCGCCCUCCCCCCUUCCUCUCGACUCCUGGGCUGCGUCCCAUUUCUGAAGCCCGUCUCCUCCCACUGCUCCCUCCUCUCCUCCUUCCUGCAGACGCUAAACACGAUAUUCUCACAUUUCGUUUCUUUUUUAAAUUCACGUCAUCAAAAGAUCUCUAAAAUAAUCUAAUAACGCGAUUACGUUGUGACUACUUUCUGGCGUCUGUGUCGCGUCGAGCUUCAAAUUCACGAAACCUUUAAAAACUUACACUAACGAUUGUUUUUCAUCCAGUAAUCUGACGGUUGUUUUCUAUAAAACGUCUGAAAAUCGUGAUUUUAAAAAGCCCGUUUAUAAUUUCUCAGAGCAGAAAGUUAUCAGAUGUUUUGUUUUUCGGCACAGAAAACCCAAAAGUGAAUCAAAUAUGACAAAAAUACUCGCAUAUUAGAAGAACCGGUGAGUUUUUGGUGUUUUUUUUUGUUUGUAAAAUCGCUGUAAUGUUAACGUAAAUAUUCAGUGGAUGAUCGAUGAACCUGCGACACACUGACGUGGAACGUCUGAGCCUCUGUUUCUUAUUUUUCAGAGAAAUAUGAACUAAUUGUUCUAAAAGUUUAAUUUCACAAAAGCCUCUUAAUGUUUGACGUGUUCAUUCUGGCUUCUGUGAUCCUGACGGGGACAUAACGUGGUCGAUUGAACAUCACGUGACUGCUGUGACGAACCAAACCCCAGAAUUCCUACUCAAACAAGUAACAAGUGAACGCACCCUCGGUCACGAGAAGAAGCACCGAUCAGAAAGGACGGGAAGACUCGAUAAAGACCGCUUGAGAUGUUUGGUCAAAAUCACCUUCUUUGUAAUUUUAGUUCAAUUAAUUCUCCAUAUUUAAUAUUUUCAUGAACACGCGGAGCUUUAAACGUUGAGAAGAUUUGAGUCGUUUGUCGUCUGCAGAAGGAGCCGGAACAGAGAGGCUCAUGGGAGGAAACGGAGCUUUAAGGUCACAAAAUACCAAAUCCCCCCCCCCCCCCCUCCUCCCCUGUUUCAUUAUUUUUACCAUCUUCCUCUGACAUCACCACUCUGGGACGAAGCCAGCAGAUGUGACCUCAUUGAUGAGCUCUGUGAUGUCAUCAACAGACAGUCAAGCGUAGUCAGAGAGGACCCCCCCCAGGCUGAGCGCGCUCAGGGCAAACUGUGUUCUCUCUUUUUUGCCAACAGAGCUUUUUAAAAGAAAUAUUUUUUCAGAGAAAUUGUUUUUUGUUUAAUUUUGU